CAAUUUUGUAAUAUUUCAUGGAAGAAGUCAAAACUAAUUUUUGUUUGUUUGACUUGGAGUGAGCAACAGUUACUGUUUUGCUCUCAUCUGCUAGCAGGACAAGGGCAUUCUAGGAGUAGUUGAGGGUAAUUUGUUCUUGAGACAAAUAGCCGGAAAAUGGCAGCAACAUGAAAUCUUCACCCAGGCACAUAUAUUUUUCUUUGUAUAAUCGUGGUGCGAAUUUUGAAAUAGUAGUCUUAGUCUGAGUUACCUUUGUUGUGGUCGAAGUCAUGCUGAUAUCUGAAUGAUGCUAAAAAGAAAUCUGGCAAAGGUCUCCAAUGGCCUUAGGAAGGCAGUCAGCGAGGGAGAGUGGACACGAUUGUUUGGGACUGCUCCUGGAGCAAAUCACCAUGUUUCGUACAAUGAAUUUUGUCAGAAUGUCCAGCUUAUCAAGGAACUUAUGGCUGAAAAUGACCAGGCCAUUAGCAGUGACUCGACUGUUGUGCUCAAUGGACUCUUGAGUGCUGUUUUGGCUCAUGUGACACCUGAGACGGUUUCAAGCACUGGCCAUCCUGGACCUUUCUUGGAGAAACUGAUUGAGGAGACACUGCUAGAGUUACUUGUUCGUUGGAGCUGCCGCCUAUCGUCAGUCAUGGAACUGUGGCGUGUACAGCUGCGUUUUUACUUGGUAUUGCUCAGUGAAUCGUCCCAGCCAGUCUUACAGCAGAUGUCCAUUGUGCGGCCGCUGAAACGUGUCCUUCAAGAAUGUGCACGUUCCCGUAAAUCUAUUGCAGCGUCUCCAGCCGAUGACAGCGGAGGAGUAGACGAAGCAUUUGUGCAACUACUGUUGCAGCUGUGCGUGAUCAUGAACCGGGAAAAGUCAGCACUGGAGCAGUUCCUUGCAGUGGGAAAUUCCAGCUUGGGCAGCACGAAAGCUGGCGCCCAGUCGCAGUGUGCUGAGUUUGCCAUUUUCAGCUAUCUUGUUCCUUACAUGCACCACUGUGGGGUGGUGGGCACGCAAGCACGUGAUGGAUUAGUGCUGUGCCUACUACAAGCAGCUAACAAUUCACGAGCACUGUCGUACAUCAAGAAUGACUCCAACUUCUGCUCGAUGCUUGGCCUUGGUCUUGGUGGCCUGUACUCUGAGUUGCCUACUCAGCUCAAGUUUUCCUGCGCCGACUGGGGUGAUCUGACACCAAUGAUACCUUUAGUUCCUGGACUGCAGACGUUUGUGCAGUCGCUACAGUUUUGCAAUGACGUCAUCCAAAUUGCAUUGCCAGGAAUAUCCUCACAACUGGCCUCAUUGAUCAGAACGGGCUUCUUUGAGCAAAUCUUGGCUCACAUGCUGCUUCAGCCUAUCACCAAGGACACGAUAUCAGCCGUAGCAUAUCUCAAUGUCAUACUGUUAAGUGUAACUGAGCCAGUGCUACUGUGUGAGCUGCUCAAGUUCAUUCUUCAGUACAUGGACGACGAGGGAAAUCGCUUGCUGCAUCGCCUCAUAGCAUUCAUCAACUCAAGAGACUCCCAGCUUAGUAACGUUGCACUUUCAUUGUUCAUCUCCCUGCUUGACUUGAACUGCGAAGAUGUCAUGUUGGAGUUGACAUUCAAGUAUCUUCUACCGGGAGAUCACGUUCAGCCUUCUCAGUGGUCGCUCAUAAGCCAACCAGACUUGUGCAGUGAAUCAGCAACACGAUUCCUUGUGCUGAUACCGUCUUGCUGCUGGCACGGGGAGCAGCUGUAUAUGGAGGUUGCUCAGAAAUCCUUUGCUGAAAAGCUCGCAGCUUUGCGUAAUGUCGUCACCCCGUCCCAGUCACCUCUGGGUAGUGUCCUGCAGUCUGGUGAGAAAAUGGAGUCACCCUCUCCAGGGAGCCUCACUGGUAUAUCGGUGGUCGAUGGCUACCGGGAAUUGCUUGCCGGGGCUCACGAAUGUGUGCUCGCUUGCGAGCAGGCCUGUCGGUGCUGGUCAAGUCGCUACAAUUCCUGCCACGCGUCGUAUCGUCUAGCUGAUGCCGUGCCCUUCAGUGGCUGGUCAUCGCUGGCUACCACCAGCGUUGCGCAAUCGCCUGUGAAUGGCCGGAAUCCGACCACCGCAGGUGUUGGCCGUAGUGGCGAUGAUCAUGCGUCAAGCAGCGGUGCUACCUCCAACCACUCUAGUGACAGUGGUCUGGGAAGGGGACGUGCGCAAACAGGUUCAGGUUCUACACUGCGUCCUCGUUCAGACAGCACCGACAGUUGCUCAUCGCACGCCUCGGCCUCUUUCCCGACAUCGGGGCUGUUUCUGGCAGCCGUACUGGAUCGAUUAGGAAGCCUUCUCACCCAGGAUAGUUAUAGCACCCUACUUGUUACGUCUCUGCUCUCUCGCCUUGCCCGAUAUCCACAGCCAUUACUCACGUCCUAUAUACUCAACCACUCGCUUAUGCUGAAAGCUGAAGUACCGUCCUUACAUCGAACAUUGACCAACUUGAAAGACUUGAUUGACUCGCUAAACAAGCGCUACGAUGACUUUCCGCACUACCUGGCCCGUGCUAGGAAGACCCUGCUGGCGAGGCAGAUUCCUGCCGGUACGCCGCAUGCUGCCAACACAGUCACUGAAGCUAGCACACCGGGACGGCUCGCGGAAUCUCCAUUUCCCAAUGCCUCAACUGCUGCUGCUGGUCUGAAUCUGCACACGGAUCUAGCUAGCGGUGAGCUAGGCCGAUCCCCGAGAACGACAUCCGGUUUGACUUCAUCCGCCGUGGCCAUGGAUCGUAGCAACGUUCACUCCUCUAAGCCAUCAGGAAAGAAGAAGCGUCCUGCCGCCCAGAUGCUGUUCAGUAUUGUGAUUCUUCACGAGUUCUUGAAGGAGAUGGCCGCCAUUGCCCAAGAACAAUCUCUUCUACACUAUGUUAUGAUUGAGUAAGACACUGAAACUCGACUGUGUUUUUUUAGCACUACCAUACCAGUCUGGAGUGUCGUCAAACUCUACCAAUCCAUACUAUCCGUGUACCCACUACACUCAGAAAACUAUAUUUCAUCCCGUCAUGAAACCUGCCACCCAAGCUGGCAAGAAACAAUUUUUAAAGCGGAAUAUAUUUUAUCGGGCCAGUUGAGUUCCUCCUUUCUUUCCAUUUUCUAGUUGAGCUUCCUGAUUAUGCUGCUGGAUGCUGUGCAUCAUUUCUUGCUAGGCAAUGUGUUAGAGUGUAUGUGUCUGAGUGUGUGGUGUGUGUCUAUAUGUGUCUGUCUGUCUGUCGGUUUGUCUGUUGUUGUUGAAAUUUUAUUUUGUAUCGCAGACCGAACGGGCAACUGUCUGUCUGUCUGUCUGUCGAUUUGUAGUGCUUGCUCUGAACAUGUAGCCAGUAGCUUAGUACAUAGCGGUGUGUUUGCGUGUGUGUGUGUGUGUGUGUGUGUGUGUGUGUGUGUGUGUGUGUGUGUGUGUGUGUGUGUGUGUGUGUGUGUUUCUUCUCAACCUGCUGGAACAAUUUGAAUAGUCUAGUCUCCGCUCUGCUUGUUAUUGCUGGUGCUUUUUUUAAACAAAUUUCUCAUGCAAUUAAACUGUUUCAUUGUAUUUGGGUGACCUGAAUAAAAUAUUUGAC